AUGCCUGGGGGGGGAAUCUCUCACGCUCUCUCUGUCCCCCCCCAGACAUCCCCCCCGGUCUCCCUGGGGCUGGCGCUCGCCUCCGACGAGAUCUCCAGGUCCCAGAUCGUUGCCUGCGGCCCCCGGCUCCAGCAGCGCUGCGAGGAGAACGUGUAUCUGCAGGGGCUCUGCUACGUGUGGGGGGGCUGGGAGCGCCCCCCCCGGGCCCUGCACCCGGCCGGCCAAGAGUGCAUUUCGGGGGUGGACGUGGCUAUUUUAUAUGACGACUCGCAGAGCAUCCAGCCCGACGACUUCAGGCUCAUGAAACAAUUCAUCCGGGAGCUGCUGCGGGCCCUGGCGGGGCCCCGCAUCCAGAUCGCCGUGGUCCAGUUCUCCUCCGAGAUCCACCACGUUUUCACCUUUGCCGACUACGCCGCCAAGGGCCCGAUGGCCGUGGAGCAGGACCUGGAGGCCUUCUCCCAUCUGAAGGGCAACACCCGCACCCCCUCGGCCAUCCUCUUCGUGGUAGGCCAGACCUUCGCCCCCGAGAACGGCGCCCGGCCCCACGCCAAGAAGCUGCUGGUCGUCCUGACCGACGGGGAGUCCACCGACGACGGCGCCCUCUUCCCCAAGGCCAUCCGGGCGGCCGACAGCAAGGGGCUGGUCCGCUACGCCAUCGGGGUGGGCGAGGCGUUCUCCAAGGCCGAGGCACGCCAGGAGCUGCACACCAUCGCCUCGCGGGCUGAGAACGUCUUCCAGGUCGGGAGCUUCUCCGCCCUCAGCACCAUCCAGGAGCAGCUUCGCGAGAAGAUCUUCGCUAUCGAAGGGACGGCCCAGGUUUCCAACGCCAGCUCGUUCCAUCUGGAGCUGUCGCAAGGUGGAUUCAGCGCCCUGCUCACCCCGGAGGCUGUUGUGGUGGGGGCGGUGGGGGCCUACGACUGGGCGGGGGGGCUGGAGGAGUGGUCCGGAGACCCUCUCCUCGCCAACUUCAUCAAUGAGUCCUCACUGGGGCAGGAGGCCAAGGACUCGUACCUGGGCUAUGCCGUGGCCCUGGCCCGCCAGGGGGGCCGUGUCCUCUACGUGGCUGGAGCCCCCCGGUUUGGGCACGUCGGGCGUGUGGGAGUCUUCCAGCGCAGCGGGGGGCGGGUCAGAGACAGUGUCCUGGGGGAGCAGGUGGGCUCCUCCUUCGGGGCCGAGCUCUGCACCCUGGACCUGGACGGGGACGGCGAGACAGACCUGGUUCUGAUCGGGGCCCCCGGCCACCAGAACCGCAGCUGGGGCGGCCUGGUCCAGGUCUGCGCCCUGCGGGACGGGGGCUCCCUGAGAUGCACCCAGAGGCUGUGGGGGUCCCCGGGGGAUGGGCUGGGCCGGUUCGGGGCGGCGCUGGGGCCCCUGGGGGACGUGAACGGGGACGGCGUGAGAGACGUGGCCAUCGGGGCCCCCAUGGAGGAUGAGGGCCAGGGGGCCCUUUACAUCUUCCUGGGGGAACCGGGGAGACUGGCCUUGAGAGACCCCCACAGCCAGCGCGUCUCCGCCCGGUCUCUUUCUCCCGCCCUCCGGUUUUUCGGGCAGUCCGUCCAGGGCCGGCUGGAUCUCAGCGGGGACGGACUCACGGACGUGGCUGUUGGGGCCCUGGGCCGGGCCGUGCUGCUCAGGUCCCGUCCGGUGAUCGGCGUCUCCUGCUCUCUGGCGCUGAAUCCGGCCCGGAUCCCCCUGGACGAUGCCGGCUGCACAGGGGGGUUAGGUGCGGGGGCCAGGGGGGUCACCCUGACCCUGUGCUUCAACCUCAGCCAGAUCAGCCUGGGGGGGCCAGCCCCGCUUCGCGCCCGCGUCUCCUUCACGCUCCAGGUGGAUGCUGGGAAAUCCAACCCGCGCCUGGUGCUGCACGACGGGACCUCGCAGCUCUUGGAGACCCUGCGGGUCGGCACCAGGCCAGCCUGCGGAACCAAAGCCCUGCACGUCCUGCCCUGCCUGGAGGAUUUCCUGGCGCCGGUGGAGCUGCAGGUGAAUUUCUCGGUCCAAGGGGAGCCGGUCCCGGGCACGCGGGGUCUGACGCCCCUGCUCCUCCCCAGCACCAACACCACCACCCACAUACAGGUUCCCUUUGAGAAGAACUGCGGGGCAGACGAGGUCUGUGUGGCUGACCUGCGCGUCUCCUUCAACUUCUCGGGGUCCCCAGGACUCAGACUGAGCCCCCAUUUCCCACUCAACCUGACGGUGCAGCUGGAGAACGUGGGCGAAAUCGCUUAUGGGCCGGUGCUGACGAUCCAGUACCCCCCAGGGCUCUCCUUCCGGGGGGGCUCUGUCCUGCAGUCCCACUGGCCGGUCUCUCUGGUUUGCGACGUGCCCGGGGCUCCCGGCCGUCUGUCUGUCCUCAACGGUUCCUGCCAGCUCAGCCCCCCGGCCCUGCGGGAGAGAACGAAGGUUUUCCUCCGUCUCUCUUUCCACGUCUCCUCUGACACCACCUGGGGGGACGGCCCAGCCUCCUUCACUGUCCGAGCUGACUGUCAGAAUGAGAACGGGACCCUGGCGGACAACGCAGCCACGCGGGAGCUGCCGGUUCUGCGCCCGGUCGGGGUCGUCGUGACCGGGUUGGAUUCGAGCACCUACGUCAGCGUCCCGUCGGAGCUGCCGGCGUGCCAAGCCAUCGCCCACCGCUACCAGGUGCAGAAUUUGGGGCCCCCCACUGUGCCCGUCACUGUGACCUUUGAACUCCCCAUCCGGGCCGAACUCGGCUUCAUCUGGGACGUAUCUGUGAACCUCAGCAGUGGGGAACAUGGGUUCACAUGCACCCAGCCUCUGACGCUCCGAAUGGGGGCUGCCGCCCAGACCCCAAAGGAACCAGUGACACGCGGGUGUCUAGGGGCGUCUGUCUGCACCCGGGUCCGGUGUCAGGUGGCCUCCCUGGCCGGUGGAGAAUCCCGCAGCUUUAACUUCUCCGGGGAGCUGCGUAGGCCGGAGGACGGAGCUCAGCUGGAAGCCCGCAAAGUCUGGCUCCGCAGCGAAGCAGCCGUCAGCAUCGACGAGACCAAAUACUUCCAGAUCCAGCCAGAGGAAUUCCAGUACAGCCAGAUCACCACGGAGGUGGAGAUAAUUUCCCACUUCAAUCCGGUCCCGGUGAUUAUCGGCAGCUCCAUUGGGGGCGUCCUGCUUCUCGCCGUAAUGGUCGGGCUCCUGUAUAAGUUCGGCUUCUUCAAGCGGAAUCGGCCCAUGGCCCCGGAGGAGACCCCAGGAGGGGAGACUGUGUCUGGGGGUCCGCAGGAAAACAACGCCCUGCCGGAGCCCCCCGCCACGCAGGGAUCCACUGACCCCGAGGGGGUGUCGUGACACUGCAGCGGGGGGGCUGGGAGCCAGGACUCCUGGGUUCUCUCCCCAGCUCUGGGAAGGGAGUGGGGUCUGGUGGGUAGAGCAGUGGGGGUUGGGAGCCAGGACUCCUGGGUUCUAUCCCCGGCUCUGGGAAGGGAGUGGGGUCUGGUGGGUUAGAGCAGGGGGGGCUGGGAGCCAGGACUCCUGGGUUCUCUCCCCAGCUCUGGGAAGGGAGUGGGGUCUAGUGGUUAGAGCUGGGGGGCUGGGAGCCAGGACUCCUGGGUUCUAUCCCCGGCUCUGGGAAGGGAGUGGUGUCUAGUGGUUAGAGCUGGGGGGCGGACGGACUGGGAGCCAGGAUUCCUGGGUUCUCUCCCCAGCCGUGGGAGGGGAAUGUUCUCAUUUCUGAAAGUGUCUUUUGUCUGAUUAUUUUGUUCCAGUUUCUGCUUUGUGGUUUUCUUUGUUUUUAAACCGGAGGAAAAAACUGGAGACAAAACUGCUUUGGUCACUAAUUUCUUU